AUGGGACCCGAAGUUAGCCCGACGAAGAUUCUGUCAUUUAGUGAAAUCGCCACAAGUCCUCCAUCAAGCGCCGUCUACGCAAUGAUGACCAACCACAUAGCUCCUGCUCUAUGGUUAUAUCUGAAACAUCGUGAAUUUGUCUCAUAUUUCUCACCUGAUCAUCAGAAUUCAUGGCAACGGAAAGUCAGCUUCGUGAGCACAUGCAUUGGACUGAUGGCAGUAGCAUGUCUCCAAAUGAGUGUCAAUUUUCCGAAAUAUAAAAUACCAUAUGUUCAAGUCUAUUCCAAUAUGUUACUGGUGAUAUUCGCCGUGGUGUAUGUUUGGAUCCAUACGAUUCUCUCAACUUUUGUCAUCGAUGCCAACAUAGCCCGUCUGAAACUCUUAUUUGCAGGGGUUUAUUGGCUGCUGGAUUCACUUCUUGCUGCUGUGGAACUAGACGACUCGAGCUCGGGAGCCGUGUGCGAGUGGGGAGCAUAUUUUUUCAUGUGUCUUUUUCUGCUCACUGACGCGUACGAAUUCCGGAAUCUCAUUUUUCGUGCUCCAAAAUUGGUGAUUCCUGGUGCUCCGUUAUACAACGCAGAACGGAUGACAUCGUCGCCUUCUCCUUUGCCGCGUCGACGGGAACUUUCAUUCACUGAUCUACCAGACAGCACACUUAGAGUACCUCUGGUACUGUAA